GGGGGGCGAUGAAGACGAAGGAGGGAUUCUUAUUUGCUUGAUGGGUUCUUCUACAUCUGUCCUUUUUGCUCUUAGGAACGAAACUACCUACAUAACUGAAGAAAAACCCUUGUCCUACCCACAAUUUCUGUGGUUCUAUCGCUUUGGGACUGAGAUUGGGAUUCAAGAGAUUUAGUUGUGAUUGCGGGAUGGAAUGAACCGGGAGUUUUCACGUAACAAGGCUUAUUGGGCCUUUUCCUGUUGAUUUGCGAACAUAGGUUUUCAUUCUCCCUUGUUGAAUCAUUUGACAACACUUCAUCUCUCUCUCUCUCUCUUUUUCAAGAAAAUGAUGAAAACAAUUUAGCUGGAAUUGAGAUGUGAGAUUGCACGACGAUGUUAUUCAACAAAGAAAUUGAGGGUUUACAUGAUGAUGGCUUCGAAGGUUCAAAUGAUGAACGCCAUAUUUUCAGGAACACUUUUUUUGGAAAUGAGAAUGGUUACAUCAGUAAGAGGUGUCUGGUAACCGGAGCUAUCAGUUAUGAAGGUGAGGGCAAUGAACACAGAAAUAUGCUGUCGAUUUCAAUUAAUGAGAACUUACAACUGACAAGUCCAUUCUCGACAAAAGAUUUGUGUGUGGAGGACUCCUGCACUGCAAAUGAGAAUUAUAGGCAUGUGAAUUGCAGCCCUAACAGAGUUGGCAGAAGAAUUGCUGAAUCAGGGUGUCUUCAGUAUACCUCAGCCUGUUCAGUUGGAUUAAGUUCCAAUAAAAUCGCAACUAAACAUUCUCCUGAUGUGGGGAACGAGACUCAGAUUGGAACAAGGGAUGAAGUUACUUCUUGCAUUUUUUCUCCAGAUUCAUGCUAUGUUGGUCAAACAAUGGCAUGCUACUUGGUUGAAUCUUCAGGUCAGGGUGUUAUAUCAAGUUGUUAUCUUCUGAAGCGACAAAAUGUGGACCAUGGAGAUGUCAUUGAUGAACCUGGUGCUUCCAAGUGUGAAAUAUCUACUGUACAUGGAAAUGAUGUAAAGUAAGUUCCUGAAAGUAUGCCUACUUCACCUACUUCUCAGGAGCGUUUUAGAACAAAGCUUUAUGUUGCAGAUU